AAUAUUAGACAAAGAAAUUAUCGAUUACUAGCAAAAUGUAAAAAGGAUAAAGAUUCAAAUAACAUAUAUUUAAACGAAUUUUUUCCAAAUAAUGAUAAAAUAACUAAUAAUAAAAAAUGGAAUAAAGAAAAAAACACGAAAUCCAACAAAAGUUUAUUAAAUAAAGCUCAGUACUAUACAGAAGUCAUAGAUUACAAUAAUGGAAUAUUUGAUGGAAAACAUUUUCAUUUUGAAAAAAAAUUAAUAAGAAAAAAAGAUUAUGAUGCUUUUCUAGAAAAAAAGAGGAGAAUUAGAGAUAUAAAAUUUAAAAGUUACAGAUUUGGAAGUGCCAUAUUUUUACUUUUUUUAUUGUUGGGAAUAGGUUUACCCAUAUUACAAGGAUUAAAGGCAGGAGAAGCGAUUAAAGAUUUACCAAUUAUAAGUAGUGUGUGGUCAGCUAUAUCGGCAAAAAAUCAUUUUUUUUUAAUAGCAUUUAGCACAAUUAUCAUUAUAUUAGUUGUUAUACUUGUAAUAGUAAUUCCUAAAAUUUUAAGAAAUAAUGAAAAAUAUAACAGAAUUAAGGCGAUGUAUGAGUAA